ACAGUGGUGGCUACUGCGCUGCAACUCUUGAUCUACAUCCCCCGUCCGCAGAAGUCUAUCUUAUAUUACUGCCAAACGCGGGGCUUCUCAGAGACUAUCCUUACAAACAUGUAACUGCAUUGGCGGCGCGAUCAUGCUGGAUGCAGCUUGUGCAUAGCACCUUCAGCAGUAGUUAGCCAGAUGGGAAAAGCAAGAACAUUCCAAUCCAACAAUAAUUUAUCCCAGGGCUGUGGUACGUUGUAGGGAUCAUUUCUCAACUACCUGGACUCCCAAUGGGUGCAAGGCCAACGCUUACUGGUUCCCGGCAGUCGUAAUUCGAGCCGCUCAGCUGCGACCUUGCAAGGAAAAUCUCCGAGCUGGAACGGCUCCGUUCUGAUCUACGCUAUGUAUAUAGCGCAGCAACUCAGCCCUUUUUUUAUAUCACAAAAGCACUCACCUCUAACUCGGUAUCCCCAGUACACACGCGACGGAGAACAUCCGCGCCCAAAUUGAGCAGCAAUGUUUGUCCGUAUAUCGAUCUUCAUAGCCGCGCUAGCGGCGGUGCUGGCGCUCUAUGCGUGGCCACUGAGCAAGCCACAAACCACCAUCCCGCCUCUCGUCAACGGGUCCAACAACAAUACUGUGCUAUUUAUCGGCUCCGAGCACCAUGGCCUGACCAAUAUCCACAUUGCGACAGUGCAGGGUCUGCUUGAACGCCAUCCCGACAUUCAGGUGCACUUCAUAUCGUACCCUAGCGUUGAAUCUAAGCUUUCUCGCGUCUCAGCUCUCAGCAAGGCUCGCCAGCCCCUGGCCAGGGACGUCAUUUUCCAUGCCCUUGACGGUCAAUCAUUGACGACCGCGCUCCGCGAAAGGCUCGAAAAAGUUGGCCUUCGAGAUGGCUCAGAGGGAUUGGAAAGGCUGAUUUCGCCGCCUGGCGUUCCUGGCCUGGACCAUCUCUCACAGUUGAUUGAAUACGUCAUGUCACCUUGGGACGCCGAGGACCAUCUGGCGAUAUACCACCAGAUCGGUGGCAUCAUCGAGAAGGUAGACCCGGCCACCAUCGUCUUGGACAUGGUUUUCCAUCCAGCAAUGGAAGCCGUACGUUCACGACAUUGGUCGCACAUUAUCAUCUCUCCCAACACGGUGGUUGACACCUUCAUGGCCCAACAGCCGCACGGCAAGAUGUUAUGGAAGUACCCGGCUCUUGGUUCUGGAUUCGCAUUCCCCGUUCCCUGGCACAAGAUUCCCGAAAAUAUGUAUCUCAUGUUUAGAUUAAUCUAUGGCAUGGUCAUGCAACCUGGAAUUAGGGAGAAAAAGGCCUGGCUCGAGGCCAAUGGAGUGCCCAAUGCCCUCGACAUGGCCGGAACUUAUCGAGAUGACGUCCCCUGGAUUACGCAAACGACCCCGAAUGCCUCUACCCCAAUCGACUUUAUCCCUGCAAACGUCACCUGUACCGGUCCGAUUAGCAUUUCGUCUGCCAAAGCAGUCGAUAUUGACCCUGAACUAGUGCAGUGGAUUUCACAGAAGCCAACGGUUCUCAUCAAUCUCGGCUCAGUGUAUCCUUACACUGUGAACAUGACUAAUGAGUUCAUCAAGGGUAUCGACCGCGUUAUAAAAGAGGCAGAUGUUCAGGUUCUCUGGAAGUACAGAAUUGAGCCAAAAACAGCAACCGCAGCCAACUUUGACUGGGAAGCGGCGGUACAGCCUUUGCUCGACACUGGCCGCGUCAGAGUUUCAACUUGGUUGAAGGUUGACCCCCAAGCUCUGCUAGAAACUGGCUAUAUUUCACUCUUUGUGAGCCAUGGCGGAGCUGGCGGCUACCACGAAGGCAUUGAAUCCGGCGUGCCUCUCAUUAUCCUGCCGUCUUGGGUCGACCUGUACAAUUUUGCGCAGCUUACGGAGCAAACUGGUCUUGGAAUAUGGGGCUGCCGCGAGCAAAGUCCCGACUUCAAUGCUGAAUGUCUGAGCGACGCGAUUCUCAAGCUGAGUGACAACAGCCCCGAAACUCUGGCAAUUCGUACCAAGUCUAGAGAGAUUCGUGAUCAGAUCCGCGCAAAGCCGGGCAGAGACGUGGCAGCUGACAUGGUUGCCAACAUGGCGAGAUUACAGUAACCUGGUUGUAGACUUGCAACGACCUGAAACGAAUCGCUCCCUACUGGAAAUUAUAUAGACAGUGUAAAAUUAGAAUAGAAAUACUUGGACGCCUCUCUAACAAUUUACAAAAGUUCUACUACCGAAAGCUCCCACCAUCGCCGAUAUGACAAUUACAACACGGAUUAAUCAGUGGAUACAAUCAUUAUAUCUCAAUGGUGAUCUAACAUGCGCCUUUCUGUAAUCAUAGCGAGUCCAUAUCCGCCCCCAAUUUUCAUACUAGUAUAUAUGCAUUUGCAUCAUCCUCAUGAAGAGCCCUUUUUGGUGCUACCCGCAAUGCUAGCCCCGUCACCAUAUGUAUCAUGAGGCUUGCUGUCAACUCCCACUGAGUGAAGAGAUGCCGACGAUCCACCAGCAGCAGUACCAGUAGCACUAGUAGCCUUAAUAUCACCGCUACCUCCAACAAUAACCUCGCCGCCACCUUUGACUUUACCUACAAUCAUGCCCUUUGCGACACUCUUGAGGACAGCCCUGCGCGACACACCAGUGACAUCAAUGUACACCAAGCCGACAUUCUUGAAGCCACCGCCAAUCUUCUUUGACACCUGGCCGGCCUCAUCACCCCAUCGGUGGCCGACGACGGUGCUGACACCCGAGGAUGUGCUAUCCAUCAAGUUGCGUCCAGCCUGUUCGAUGCCAUCGACAACCGUGUUAAAGGCCAUUAGGCUCUUGUUCAUAACACCAGGCUUGUAGCUCUCGACGACAUUUCCGUCCUUGUCGUAACCACGGACCUUGCCAUCCUUGCGACGCGAGACACCAGCGCCAAGGUUCUGCGCCAUCUUGCUGAUGGCGCCGACUGUCGAGGCAGAGAGGCCAGCGGCGGAGCUGGUAAAGGUAUUGAUGCGGCGGAUGUGGUCGUGCGUGCUGGGGUCAAAGGUCAUGGGCUUUUCGUUGGGCUUUGUGUUUUGCUUGAAGCUCUCGGCGCCGCUCUGGAUCAUCUUGCCGACAUAGUCGGACGUGGUGACGAUGAGGCGAGACGCACGGGUGGCGGAGCUGACGAGCGUAGAGCGGCGGUAGGCCGGGUGCAUGUUUUCUUCGUCGUAGUCGGACACGGGCUUGACGGAGAUUUGGGCGGCGCCUUCCGAUGGCAGAGAGAUUUCGACAGGAU